AUGUCUGGCUACAAGUUGUUCUACUUUCCAGUCCGCGGUGGAGGAGAAAAAUGUCGACUUGCAUUUGCGGCUGCAAAGAUUGACUACGAGGAUAUUCGAUUACCAGCCGAAGAAUGGGCAAAAGAGAAAGCGUGUAAGUAAAUAUAAAAGUUCCGUGAAGUGCGCGAUGAUGAAUUAUUUUUCGAUUGUAUUUUUAGAAUUUUGUGAUCUUAAAUGGCUGUUUAUAACUGAAUGCGAUCAAAGCCGAUGGCAAAUACGCGUACCGUACGCAUACAUUCACUUGAAUUUCGAUCGGUUUUAUGUGUGCGCGAAUGCUAUCGUACUGAAAUAAAAUAAAUUAUUGCUUAGUCACGGGCCGCUGACAAGUGUGCUCACCAGCCUACACACUCGUUUGCUUCCGACCACAAAUGGUAUCAAUGAUUUUGUUAUUUCGUCACUGAAUAAAAGUUACGUUUUCUUCGUUUCGAAGACUGCUACGAAAGAAAGUUGUUCUCUGAGGCCUGGGUCAAAGGUAUGUUCUGAGGAUAUGAAUGACGGCGUUGCUAAAACGAGGGUAGGGUGAAAAUAAUAACACGAAAAAUAAAAAUAUUAGAAUUUGAAUAUUUUUAGCAACAUGCACCCGAGACAUCCAAGAACAUCUUCUGUUUGAGCAGUAACAUGAACGCAGAAUGACAAAUUCAGAUAGUUUUGAAUAUUCCAAAUAAUCCCUAUUAGAAUCAAGCCAAAAACUACUUGUCAAAUUUUCCUACCCAAAAAUUCCCGGAAUCGAAAAUUCAGUGCCAAAAAAUCCUUCGUUCAUCUUCGUCACUUGAAAUAAGGAGUACCCCUCCCCCGGGCGUUCAACGCGUUCCCUCCUCGCGAAGCGGGCGCGUUCGUAGGGAACGCGUGACAAAGCGACCAGUCUAGGAGUUGCUCAAAAGGUCUCUCCUCUCCUAAUUGGUCGCAGGAAACAAUGACAAGUCAUUCUGCCAAUUAUUUUAGUAUUGUCUGGGGGCCAGGGAAACUCACCUUUUGUGAACUCUCUUCCGAACAGCUGCUACAUGACUUCGACGAAGCUCAUAUGGCUUUUGGUCAGGUAAGCGCACGCGCGCGCGAACGCGAACGCGAACGCGACAAACAAGGGUCCGUCAAGCGUGUGGUCAUUUUCGCGUUUCCCUCAACGAACGAUGAAAAAAGAGAGCGUUCUCGUUGUCUUGGUAGGUGUGGUCAAAUAACCGUGAAAGUCUGAUGAGUCUCGGAAAUGAGGGAAAUUUUAAUAGAAAUUGGAGUUUAGGACGUGGUCGGGCUGGUCGCAAAAUUUCCGCCACAUUUUGCUUCUAGGCGAAUAAAAACCGAUUAACUCCCUCGUUGCUAGCUUGCGUGUUAUGCGCCAUGACCUACCCUAUUUGAAAUAUUAGCACCCAGGAAAGAAGAACUCCUUAUAAUGGCCUAUAUAGUGAGGUGUGGUAUGGUAUAGUAACUUUAUUUAUACAUAGUAUUUCCUUCAGGUACAUUUACAUUCAGGUAUAGAAAACUAACUACCUAACUAAUCUAGAAUCUAUGAUAAAAACUAAAAUAAUAAAGAUGAAAAGAAAACACCUGCUUUUCAAGGAGGCCGUGUGUAAAAACAGCAUAUCGCUGAUUAAAUUAUUUGACAAUCGAAAUUUAGGUCCCUUAAAUUUCCCUUAAAUCAGAAUUAGGGGAUGUCAAUUGCCGCACCACCAGACUCCAGAGGCAAGCUGUUCCAUAACACACUUCCGCUGUAAGAAAGACUUAUUUUAUAAAAUUCAGUACGGGGUUGUGGAAUAGCGAGAUUGUAUUCAUUCUCUCUAAGGUUUAGCCUGAAUUUCAUCCGAUUACUUCGAGUCGUUAUUACUCCUCAAUUGUUGAGAGGAGAAAACGGCUCGAAGCAAUCGGAUGAGUUUCAGGCUAUCCAAGGUUAUAAUUAGUUAAAUGUUCACCCAAAGCGGGUCCCUUUUCAGCUUUUAGGUAUAUGAAAGGGUAGGGCUUUCAUUACUAGUUAAAGUACAUGAAAGGUUAGGCAAAUCUGCCAUUUUGGCCUUCAAAAGGACCUUAAGGUCUAACAGACGCAUUUUAUGCAUGGCUGUGAAACAAAAAAAACUUCUUGGUUUAGUAAUUUAUUUACAUAUAUAAACAGAUGGUGCAUCAACAGCAGUUUUGAAAUAGAUGCGGGGGUACCAUUUAUCAAUUGAAAAGGGUAAUUCUCAGUCAAAAACAGUUUAUGGAAGAAUGAGGUGUUGGGCCUUGGGGUGAAGCCUCUCCAUAUACGACUCUUUUCUUUGACUUCUUUAACAACCUCCAUGCGAAGGGUAAAGAGGAUGUUCCUGGAGAACUUGAGAAGUUCCCGCUCUUGGUGGAGCAUUAUAAACGGGUGUUAAACGUGCCCGAAAUAAAUGAGUGGAUAAAGAAACGCCCUGUAACCGAAUUCUAA